GGCGUGACCUGCGUCUUAAAACCUCUUCCUCGCGCUGGCGGCAGCAUCAGACCUCACCUGCUGUCCUGUCCUAAACUUCCAGUUUAACUUAGUUACAUAAUAUCCCUAAACUUUUCAGCAGCACUGUUUUUUUUUCUUAAUCGCGUUUUUCGUGUUUUCGCGCACUUUUCUGGCACUUUGGAGAGCACAGGUGUGAAGCGCGUGAGGGCGCGUGGCGGCAAACUUAAGGUGUAACAGGAGGUUUGUAGGUGAGGACCGCUUCAGCCUGAGAGAAACUACAGGAAAGAGGUGUUUUGGGGAUGGAGUGGAGGGAGCAGUCAACGCUCAGCUGUGAGGAGGCCUUCACUGAGGCUCAACGUUGGGUGGAGGAAGUCACAAGGAAAAGAUUUGGGAGUAGUAAUUUCCGAUCUGCUUUGGAGAAUGGAGUCUUGUUAUGCGAUUUGCUCAACAAGCUCAAACCCGGGAUUAUCAAAAGGGUCAACCGGCUUUCCACACCCAUCGCAGGCUUGGAUAACGUGAACGUGUUUCUGAAAGCUUGUGGGAAACUUGGACUGAAUGACGCUCAGCUCUUCCAUCCAGGAGACCUGCAGGACGUGUCCACUCGCGUCACAGUCAGGCGUGAAGAGACGACACGAAGACUGAAAAAUGUUCUGAUAACGAUUUAUUGGCUGGGAAGAAAAGCCCAGGCAGAUUCCUCCUACAGUGGACCACAGCUCAACUUUAAAGCUUUCGAAGGUCUUCUGGGUGUCGCCUUAUCUAAGGCGCUGGAGGAGUCGGCGUGCCCGAAGCCCAGUGCGAGGGACAGCGGGUACGUGGAGAACUGGUACCCCGAGAGGGAGGAGGUGUUCAGCAACCAGCAGCUGAGCUACAGGAGGGAGGAUUCAGUGGAGAGUGUCGACUCUGUGGAGUCGCGGACACUGAGCGUCGCGUCCGACUGUACGCUGAUAGCGGGGAGUGAAGGGUUUGGAAGUGACGCGGAGGCGGAGCACUGCUUCAGGAUGUCUGAGGGCAGCAGGAGCGAGACCCACGCUGGACCCGUUCGAGAGAAGACGAGCAUCUCCAUCUCUCUGAGGAGGAAACAAGGUGGACGGUACCAGGAGGGCGGCAGGAGUCAUGUGAGCCAACUGCCCAGAGUGGCAGCGAGACGUUCUCGCCGUGGUGGAAGCAAGUCCAUGAGUGACCUCGCUCUGGAGUCCAUCCCACAGGAGUCUGAGAGCGGCGUGGCCUUCGACUCCUCCAGAUCGUGGCAGAGUCAGCAGAGAGAAGCUGGAGAUCAGGAGCAGCUGGAGCAGAUCCAGCUCAUUCAGACCAGAGUGAAGGACAGCGAGGCCCGGUGGCAGGAUGAUCUGAACAAAUGGAAGAGUCGCAGAAUGACUGCCAACCUGGACCUGCGAAGGAAGAAAGAGGAGAGAGAGCAACUGGAGCUGUUCACCGGGAGGGGAGGGGCUGACGGCGUCAGGACUGCUGUCCUUACAGGGGUGCAGGAGGAGAGUGAUCAGUGUGUCCUGCAGUUUCCUCCACACAGCCAAUCCCAGGCAACCAGACCCCUGGACCCGUCCUGUGCCCAGGAACCCUCUGCUAGACACCUUCCACCCUCCCAGCCUCCUCCUCUUCCUGCAGCCCUGAAGGAGAACCCCCAGCUGGCCUCACUGGCCUCAGACCAGCCCUUCCCAGCUUCUGAGGCUGAAUCUCCACUAACCCCCAGCUGCAGCAUGCCUGGAGCCCUGGACUCAACUCUAAUGGACCCAUUACCCACCCCUGGGGGACUGUCCAAAAACGGAGCAUGUUCUCUCAGUGAUGAUGCUAAUGGAGGUGAUUCUCUAGUGACUGAACACAGCCAGGUGUCUACAAGUGUCUUCUUCAGCCCACCAGAGUCCACUUCUACAGGACCAGAGCGAAGCCGGCAGGACGCAGCACCCAUCCAGCGAGCCAAGUCCCUGGAGGGUAUUUUUUCUGGGGGAGCGCGGAUGUCCGCCACCCUGCCCAGAGGCUUCCGCAGGUCAGAGGGAGGCUCCCGACUCUCCACAGGGGUCACGCCAAGACCUUUCGGUAGUAAGACCUCCAAGGUAUCAUCUUUGCCCAGGUUCUGUUCUAUGGACGACUCCCAUACCAGCCUCAUUAAAGGUCAGAGAGAGCGACCCCAGCUCCCUGCAUCCUUCACCUGCCCUCAACAAGAGGGGCAGAACGACUCCAUCAAACCCAACGGCAGUCUCCUGAAGAGUGAGAAUGAAGAGGGGGUUAGAGAGGAGGAGGAGAAGAACCACUCGGCUCCCAGAGUUCAUUCCUUCAUGUCUGCUAGCAUGGUGGCUACCUCGCUAAAGCAGAGAUCCGUAUCUGAGAGCGAGCAGACCAAGGUGGCUCAUGCUGAUAUGCGAGUCAGUCUAAAUCAGAAGCCGGGUGGUAGAAGGGACUUUGGCUUUCAGGCUCAUUGGGAUUCUACUGGAGCUCGUAUCAAGUCUGUCCAACCAGGCAGCCCGGCUCAGCUGUGCCACCUGCAGGCGGGAGAUGAGAUUGUGGCUGUGGGCGGGCAGCGCGUGGCCGAGAUGAGCUACGAACAGUGGAAGGCCAAUAUGGACGCUGCGCUGAAGGAGGGCAGCCUGCUGAUGGACAUUCGCCGCCACGGCCAGAACGGUCAUCCUGAGCACUGUGUGACGGUCAGCAGCAGCUCCACCUCGCCUGUGGAGAAGGUGACUGAAGUGAAGGUUAACGGCCAUGCUGGAAAUGGUUUGCCAGCGAAAGCUGUGAACAGAAACUUCCGGGACGUUCCGGCUGCACAGAAAAACAACGGUUCCUCUGGUUCCACAGUGGACUCUUGGGUCUACCUUUGUGGAGGCUCAGAAUCUGCCAUUUCAGAUCUGCAGGUUCCCUCCAUCAGUGCUUCAUCUUCACGCUGGUCAUGGGACACAGAGGAGGAAAGGAGGAGGCAGGAGAAAUGGCAAAUGGAGCAGGAGCGCCUCCUGCAGGAGAAGUACAGGCGUGAUCAGGAGAGACUGGAGGAGGAAUGGAGGAGAGCUCAGCUGGCAGCAGCAGGAGAGGAGUACUGUGGCCCUGAGAGACCUCUUUCCAUGUCGAAUGGAAACACUAUUCAGUACACUCAGCCCCACUUCCAGUACCAGCCAGCUUCCUCCACUCUUACCAGUCAGUGUGCUACAGAUGCUGCACCACUGCAGAGCAGGCAGGUCACCAUGCAAAUAUCACCAGACCAUCAGACCAAGGAGGAGUGGGGGUCUUCCACAAAGACCAGCCAAUGGCCUAGAGAAUCGUGUGGAUUUGCCAAGCUAACCUCCACAGACAGGCAAAAGUCAAAAUCAACACCUGCCCUUGACAGCAGUCACAAGCAAGACUCAAGAGUGAGCGUUAAAAGGAGAGGACGGCCGUCUCAGGCAGAGAAGGAUCGUCAGCAGAUCCUGGAGGAGAUGAGGAAAAGAACUCCGCUCCACACUGACAGCAGCUGGAUCCGACAGCGCAGUACCUGCACCAUCUACAAGGAGCCCAUCAACGUGGCACCAAUGAGGAGAUAUGAGUCUCUGGAUAACCUCCACAGCAGCAGCAACUCUCUUUCCAGGCAGUUUUCCACCAUGUCCAACCCAGCCCGCCCUCACUCCGCCCUGGACAACAUCACACCUUACAGAGGUUACUCCGGUCGCUGCAGCCUCGGCCCUGGAGCCGCCAUAUUCUCCAACACUUCCAAACAGAGCUCCUGGUCUCGGCCUUCUUCCACCUCCUCCACGCCUCCAAUCACACCUGGGGCUGAGGACAUGCGACCCAGCUCACAGCAGCAUACCGGUGUGUUAGCUGCAGGAGUGACCUCGGCCGAGGCUCCCAGUCCAGAGCUCAGGUGCGAAUCCGACACAGACAGCUCUUCUGUGACACUUGCUACAGCAGACUUAGAGUCCGCCCCGGGAUCCCCAAGUGAUUACUGCACAUUCCAGGAGAUCUCAGAAGACACUUCUGCUGAAGAUGCUUCUGAAAUGAUGGAGGACAGUACAGCCUAAUACACACUGAUCCUUACAACAGCCACGGCCAUCUGCUUCCUACCUUUAACUUUCCUCCUGAAAUAAACCUUAAUAUUGAUGUUUGUGUAGGUCAUUCUCUUCUGUCAGCUUUCUCUGGGAAUUUAGACCAUAUCUUUCCUUUGUAUUUUUAAUUUCUUUUGAGUUAACGGAGUUUAAUUAGCAAUCUAUUAUCUGGUUUUCUACACUUUAAUACUCAUUCUAUUUCUCUCUGUCUGUAGUAACCGUUAGCUGACAGAACCAUGACAGCUGAUAUUCAAGAAGUCUUUUAUUAUUAAUAUAUGAUGAUUAUGUUGUCUUUGUUAUUUAGAUAAAUAUAUAAAUAUAUAUUCUGAAUAGAGCAUUGCUGCUUGGAACGUGGGCAUCGUUUUGAUUUUGAUUUAGCUUUUCUUCUCACAGAUUGAUUUAAAAUAUUUAUAUUAUUUGUAUAGACUAUUCAUACAAGUAAACAUAAGUAAGCACGGGAUGUGUAUGCACUUUUGAUUUCUGUCCUAAAAUGCACAUGUAGGUUUAUUAUUUCGGGGUAAAUUUAAGUGUGGGGGAGUAAUUUAAGUCUUAUUUUGUGUUGGGAGAAGUAGCAGUGUAUCUAUCUAUCUAUUAAAUGAACUGCCUAAUGUUUGUAAAUAAAAGGAUCCAAUAUGCAUUUUA